AGGGCAGGGCGGGGUGCGUUUGGUGAUCUUCCCACUUUCUUUGUUCAGUGCUGUUUCAUGCCGCCAUUUGUGGCCGUGUCAGCUGUCGCGGCAUUAACGAAGCCAUUUCCAAAUGCGUACAGAUGAAGAGAGCAAACAUUGGUGUAUGCCAGAGUACAGAACGUCUGCUCGACGUUUGACGCCAAUCCAGCCACUAUAUAUAUAUGAUGCGAUCGAGUGUGAUAAUCUGCACACUGGAGUCUCCCUACUCAACCACAUGUCACUCACCAUGUCUCCGACUGGGGACAUGACGAGACCAGGCCAAUCGCACCUCGCCGGCACUGCCGCGUUCUUCAUGCUGCUGGCCACCAUCACCGGGAUGGCGGCUGCCGAGGUGCCCUCCUCGGAGGUCGAUGCCCUUCUGGCAUGGAAGGCCAGCCUCGUCGAUCCAGCCGCGCUGUCCAGCUGGACCCGGAACGCCCCGGUCUGCAACUGGGUCGGCCUGCUCUGCAAUGCCAUUAGCGUCGUAGAACUAGCGCUCCCAGGACUUGGCCUAUCCGGUGAGCUUGGGACACUCGACAUGCAGGCGCUCCCGGCACUGUGGGUGCUGGACCUCAACGGGAAUAACCUUGGCGGUGAUAUCUCGGCUAGCAUCUCGCGGCUGCACUCCCUCCAAGUACUCGACCUCAGCAACAAUAAGUUCAGCGGCUCCAUCCCGCCAGAGCUCGGUGACCUCAGCAGACUCUUCCACGUACGACUCUCCCACAACAACCUCGCCGGCGACAUCCCGCACCAGCUAUGCAGGCUCCUCUCCAUCAAGGUACUGGACCUGUCGAACAAUCGGCUCAGUGGGGAGCUCCCAGGCUGCUGGUGCAGCCUCCAAGCUCUGCGGCUCAUCGACCUGUCCCAAAACCAGCUCACCGGGAAGCUCCCGGACUGCUGGUGGAACCUACAGUCGCUGCAGUUCAUGGACUUGUCCAACAAUUCCUUCUCAGGUGAAAUCCCCGCUGCUAACACAAGCCACAGUUGCUCUCUAUCGUCACUUUACCUAGCACAAAAUAGCUUCACGGGUGCCUUCCCAACAGCUCUACGGGGUUGCAACACACUGGCCACUCUGGAUAUCGGGAACAAUAGGUUCUUUGGUGAUAUCCCAACAUGGAUUGGGAGUCAGGUGCCAUCAUUGACAAUCCUUAGUCUUAGAUCAAACAACUUCACCGGAGCAGUACCUCCAGAAUUAUCAUUCCUUCCGAAACUUCAGCUGCUCGAUGUGUCAAACAAUAUCUUGACCGGGUCAAUUCCAGUGGCCUUCGGCAGCUUGAGCUCCAUGAGGAAUCCAAAGUUUCCAAACAGUAUAUCGGUCUGGAUACCGGAGGAGAGCCCUCAACGUUCAAAAUACCCGGAUAGGAUUGACAUAAUCUGGAAGGGGCGAGAUAUUGUUUUCCAAAGAGGGCUCCACUUACUAGCCGGCAUCGACUUGUCCGGUAAUUUGCUAUCACAGUGCAUACCUAAAGAGCUACUCAACCUUCGUGGCCUCCGGUUUCUAAACCUAUCAAGGAACCAUCUCUCGUGCAGUAUUCCUGAAGACAUUGGUAGGUUGAGUUUUAUCGAGGCCCUGGACCUAUCAUCUAAUGAACUUUCAGGAUACAUUCCUCCCAGCAUCUCUAGCUUAUCGUGGCUCAGCAUAUUCAAUGUUUCUAACAAUCAUUUGUCAGGCAAGAUACCUGCUGGGAGGCAGAUCCAGACUUUGACAGACCCAUCGAUCUAUGCCAACAAUUCUGGGCUUUGCGGAUUUCCUCUUGACAUUCCAUGUGCAAAUACUUGGCUUGCACCGGAUGAGAGAAACGGUGAAGCGGAAGACCAUUGGAUAUACUAUUGUGUGGUUGCUGGGAUUGUGUUUGGCUUCUGGCUAUGGUUUGGAUUGCUCUUUACAUUUAAGACAUGGAGAUAUGCUUUUCUCUUCAUUGUCGACGGCAUACAAUUUAAGAUUAUGAAGUAGUUGCCACAUUAGUUUUGUUCUAUUCAAACACCGGUUAAAUCAACAAAUUUUGCGUUUUCA